CUCUCCCCUCUGUGCCGUCCGCCCGCGUCUCCGCUGCCACGUUCCUGCCGCCUGGACCGACCGACCGACCGACCCGGCCCGACCCGCCCCCGCGCUCGCCUCCGCCUCCCAAGCCGCGAUGUGGCUCGCACGCCUGCUGUGUCUCGUCGCCCUGGCCCUGGCCGCCGACAUCCCCGAGGAGGACGACGUGCUGGUCCUGAAGAAGGACAACUUCGACGAGGCGCUGCAGCAGUACCGGCAUCUGCUGGUGGAGUUCUAUGCUCCCUGGUGUGGUCACUGCAAAGCUCUUGCUCCAGAAUACAGUAAAGCUGCAGCAAAGCUGAAGGAAGAGGGGUCUGACAUUAGACUGGCAAAAGUAGAUGCCACCGAAGAAUCUGAGCUGGCGCAGACAUUUCUUGUCAGGGGAUACCCAACCAUAAAGUUUUUUAAAAAUGGAGAUAAGAAAAACCCAAAGGAUUAUGCAGCUGGAAGACAGCAUGAAGAUAUUGUGAACUGGCUGAAGAAACGCACUGGACCUGCAGCUGACACCAUCACUGAGGCAGACGCUGCUGACAAGCUUGUGGACUCCUCUGACGUGGUUGUCAUAGGGUUUUUCAAGGAUUUGGAAGGGAAUGAUGCCAAAACAUUUCUUCAGGCUGCAGAGGCCAUUGAUGAGGUGCCGCUUGGAAUCACUUCUAGUGCUGACAUCUUUGCCAAGUAUGAUAUGAAGGAGGAUGGAGUUAUCCUUUUCAAGAAGUUUGAUGAAGGCCGUAAUGUCUACGAUGGAGAGAUUACUAAAGACAGUCUGGUGGAAUUUAUCAAAAACAACCAGCUGCCUCUGGUUAUUGAGUUCACUGAGCAGUCUGCCCCAAAGAUCUUUGGUGGUGAUAUCAAAACCCACAUGCUGCUGUUCAUCCCCAAGAGCUCGCCCACCUUUCAGGACAAACUGAACAACUUCAAGAGUGCAGCAGGAAACUUUAAGGGGAAUGUUCUGUUCAUCUACAUUGACAGCGAAGUUGAAGACAACCAGAGGGUUCUGGAGUUCUUUGGCUUGAAGAAGGAGGAAUGUCCUGCCAUUCGCCUCAUCACACUUGAGGAGGAAAUGACCAAGUACAAGCCAGAGACAGAAGACAUCACAGUGGAGAAUGUCAAAAACUUCUGCAGCCAGUUCUUGGAAGGGAAGCUGAAGCCUCAUCUCAUGAGCCAAGACAUUUCUGAAGACUGGAACAAAGCACCUGUCAAGGUCCUUGUUGGCAAAAAUUUUGAGGAAGUUGCCUUCGAUGAAACAAAGGAUGUUUUUGUUGAAUUUUAUGCCCCAUGGUGUGGUCACUGCAAACAGCUUGCUCCAAUCUGGGAAUCUCUAGGAGAAAAGUACAAGGAUGAUGAGAAAAUAGUCAUUGCAAAGAUGGACUCCACAGCGAAUGAAAUUGAAGCUGUGAAGAUCCACAGCUUCCCUACGCUGAAGUUCUUCCCUUCAGGCUCUGAGAAGAAGGUCAUAGAUUACAAUGGCGAGAGAACACUUGAAGCGUUCAUCAAAUUCUUAGAAAGUGGAGGAAAAGAUGGAGGUGCUGCAGAGGAGGACCUUGAAGACAUGGAAGAGGAGGAGGAAGGAGAUGACGAGACAGAUGGAGAAACAGAUGAUGAAGAAGCUGAUCAUCUUAAAGAUGAAUUAUAAAAUUGCAACCAAAAACACUACAGCUUUUUGUACAAUUCAAAAUGCAGUAAACAUGAAAUAUUCGGCAUCAAGUCUAAGUUGAUAAAACCAGGGAAUAUGCAGCCAAUUGUCAGUGCACAUCGUGCAGUUUUCAUUUUGUUAAUUUAUUAGGGAUCACCAUCCUUAAUUGUUCAAGCCACAUCUAUACUUUGGACUUUUUUUGUUUCCUGUUACUGAUUCAUGUAAUGUACUUUUGUACAGAUUUUUAACUUGUUUGUAUUAACAUUGCGUCUUUACCUGGUGAUGGACGGUUUUCUCGCACUUGUCUGAGUGCCUAAAUAGAGGUGAGUGAACUAGAGGCCACUGCUGGGGGAAGAAAAAGAAUUAGAGGUGGGGGAGGGCUUUGGGGAUGUUCAGAAGUUUAAAGGAAGAGGCAUCUAGUUUUAUAACUCAGGGACUCUUCUAUUUCAGUUUCAAAAUCUGGACCCAAGAUCAACUUUUUUUGGCGGGUGGGGCAGAUGGGAUCACGCAGCAGAUGAAGCAUUGAGAGAGGGCUUCAUCUGAGGUGUGCAAUUCUUCAAGCAUUCCGAUAUGCGUAAAAGGAGGCAAAAAAUUGGUGGCCAGGAUGAAAUUAAAGAAAGAUUAAACUUUUCCAUUCUGAGA